ACAGCAGUUUUCACGAGAGGUGGCUAGUUUAGCUAGCUAGAUAGAACCGGGUAGUGACACAGCCGCGGCGUCAGAAUGUCAGAAGGGGACAGUGUUGGGGAGUCAAUCCAUGGGAAACCAUCUGUAGUUGCUGCCUUUUUCACAGGGAUCGGACAGGUCUAUCAGUCAUGGCUAGACAAGUCAACACCGUUCUAUGCAGUGCGAUGGGCAGCCACUCUACUACUUACUGCUGUCUACAUGAUCAGAGUGUACAUACUACAGGGUUGGUAUAUAGUAACAUAUGCUUUGGGAAUCUACCAUCUCAACCUGUUCAUUGCUUUUCUAUCGCCAAAAGUGGAUCCCUCACUGCUUGAUGAAGAUGAGGGCCCAUCCCUUCCAACCAAGCAGAACGAGGAGUUCCGCCCUUUCAUCAGGAGGUUGCCUGAAUUCAAAUUCUGGCACUCAGCAACAAAAGGCAUCGUCAUCGCCAUGAUUUGCACAUUUUUUGAAGCCUUCAACGUGCCAGUGUUCUGGCCCAUACUUGUAAUGUACUUCAUCAUGCUCUUUUGCAUCACCAUGAAGCGGCAGAUUAAGCAUAUGGUCAAGUACAGAUACCUACCCUUCACACACGGGAAGAGGACAUACAAAGGCAAGGAAGACACAGGGAAAACUUUUGCUAGUUAAAAACUCCCACUUACCCUUCCUAUCUUUCUCAUCUAAGAUUUAUCGGUCACAGCUAGUGGGGGAGUGACGAGGGUUAGAGAUUUAUUUUCUUUUUUGUAAAGCUGGACAGUCACAUGGAAACAUAACAUGAAAAAAACAAGUUUUGAUCCAGGGUUCACAGUGUUGGAUGAGGAUACAAGUAGCACAGAUCAAAUUAGGCUGGGGAUAUUGCCUUCGUCUAUUAAGGAUUUUUUUUUUUUUUUGAUGAUUGGUUCUGCAAUUAUUCAGUGGUAGUUGAGACUCAGUGCUGCCUUUUGCCUUUUUAACCUGAUUGGGUAAGUAUAAAGUCACCAAGAAGGAACCUCACUCAGAGAAAUUUGCAGUAAAAUGUGUGAUUUUUUUUUCUUUCAAUAAUGGUGAUUCCAUACAUUUCUGUCUCCCAAGUCUGCCAACCUUUGAUUAAUAUUUCGUUCCUACUUAUUUGUAACAAGUUCUAUAUUGAAAGUCAGUAGAAUGUGAAUAGAUGAAAGUUGAAAUCUGAUGGAAACGCAGCUGAUUUCAAGUUGAAUCAUUUGUAGUAAAAUGUGCUGCUGCUCUGACUUAGUGUCCCAGUCUGCUCUAGAUGGACACUUGGGAGGAGUUGGUCACAUUUCACUUGAAUAUGCAUUCUUAACGGGCCGCAAAAAACACCUAUGAAUGAAUCUCUUUAAAUAAUUGCGCUCAACACAAAUGAUUUUUGAUUUGUUUGCCUUGAACUGGCUACUAAUGGAAUCCUGAUUCUCUUAAGCCACCCACUGGAUAACUGAAUGCAUAAUUCAAGGAGAGUGUCACUAAUCCCAACUAAUUUAGUCUCCUUUAGCCUGUAGUCUGCGGCUUCCCCUAAAAUUGCCUCUUUCUCUUGUUGCGCCUUUGUAGGAUUUAACAAACGGGAUACUGUGUUGCUGGCCACCUCAAAUUUUUAACACCAUUUUAGAGGGGCGCUAUUUCAAUGUUAAUGAAGUUGCUUUAGCUCAGAAUUUUUUUUUUUGCGCCAUUAUGUUGAGAAUUAGUCAAAACAUACUGUGUCUUUUAAAGAGCACAGCCAGUAUUCAAGUCCACUUCAUAACAUGGCAAAUUUGAGAUGACCAUCGAGCAGAGUUUACUCCAAUGACCUUUUGUCUUGAACUAUCAGAGGUCUGUUUGCUUUGUGUAGACUAGCUGUUGUAGUCCUUUAUAAUCUGUGUUUACUUUAAAAGAAAAACAAAAAAGUCAUGGUAAAUAUAGUCAUUCCAAGCAAACUGUUGUUCUCUUUCUUUUGCAGAGGAAACAUAAGAAAACAGAGAUUGAGAGCUUUUAUUAUAACAAAUGGAUGAAGUGGGUGGCGAUCACACAUUCUUUUCUAUGAACCUGUUCAUUUUGUUUUCUAUCAGAAUGCUGGGAAUCUGUCAUUACUAAACUUUGAUCAGCACUGUAGUAAGGGAUCAAAACAUUUUCCUGUAAAGUUUGUGUUUCAAAGGGUUGUCUGGAUUUGUGUGUAUAGAUAUUUUAAAGUAUAAUUUUUUUUUGAGAUGAUUUUUAUUUUAGUUUCUUUUUUGUUUGUUUGUUUUCAUCCAGCCACCAUACUGUUUCCAAGUGUUAAAAAUCUGUUUCAGUUGAAAUUGAUGAAAGCAAAACUGGUUAAUUGGUUUCUAGAUCUGAAGAAUUAAAUGUUUUUCAUGGAAUGCAUGUUAUUUUCUUGUGCUACAGUUAUAAACAGAAACUUGAUUUUAAUAACUUAAGUGUAAUUUUUUCACUCCAAAUGCUAUUAAAGAGGCUGUGUCCCUUCGAACAGUGCAA